GACGUGUAGUAGCUGCCUCCCUUUAUCCUUCAUUCCCCUUUCCUUUAUAUAUAUAUAUAUUUAUAUAUAUAUAUGUCCUCUCCCCUCCCCGUUUCCCCGUAGUGUAACCCGUGCCAGGAUGACCCGUUUCAAAUCAGGCUCUCCUCUCUGCCUGGGGCUUUUCUUUGCAGCGGGGCUAUUUGUUGCCCUUCCCCAGCCGACGCUUUCCUGCCCCAGCCGCUGCCUAUGCUUUCGCAGCACGGUGAGAUGCAUGCAUCUGAUGCUGGAGAAUGUGCCCACCGUCUCUCCCCAGACCACCAUCCUGGAUUUGCGAUUCAAUAGGAUUAAGGAUAUUCAACCUGGAGCAUUUAAACAAUUGAAGAAUCUUAACACUCUGCUUCUGAACAAUAAUCAGAUUAAAAGAAUACAGAGUGGUGCAUUUGAAGGCCUUGAAAACCUAAAAUAUCUCUAUUUGUACAAGAAUGAAAUCCAAUCCAUUGACAGGCAGGCAUUUAAAGGACUUGCCUCUCUAGAACAACUGUACCUUCACUUUAACCAUAUCGAGACGUUAGAACCUGAAUCUUUUCACCAUCUUCCCAAGCUUGAACGACUGUUUCUCCAUAACAAUCGCAUAACUCACUUGGUACCUGGCACAUUUAGCCAGUUGGAAUCCAUGAAAAGACUGCGGCUGGACUCAAACGCCCUGCACUGUGACUGUGACAUCCUUUGGCUGGCGGAUCUACUGAAGAUAUAUUCUGAAUCUGGCAACGCUCAGGCUGCUGCCACCUGUGAAUAUCCACGCAGACUCCAGGGGAGAUCACUGUCUACGAUCACUCCGAGUGAGCUUAACUGCGAGAGGCCCAGGAUUACAUCAGAGCCACAAGAUGUGGAUGUCACUUUUGGGAACACUGUGUACUUCACAUGCCGGGCUGAAGGCAACCCCAAACCAGAAAUCAUAUGGCUUCGAAACAAAAAUGAGCUGAGUAUGAAAGAUGAUGCGCGAUUAAAUCUCUUAGAGGAUGGAACACUGAUGAUUCAGAACACACAGGAGACCGACCAGGGAAUAUACCAGUGUAUGGCAAAAAAUGUCGCUGGAGAAGUGAAAACUCACGAAGUAACUCUCCGAUAUUAUGGAACGCCAGCUAGGCCCAGUUUUGUAAUUCAACCCCAAAACACAGAGGUGCUUGUGGGUGAAAGUGUCACGUUGGAAUGCAGUGCUUCAGGACAACCACAUCCAAGGAUCACGUGGACAAGAGGAGACAGAUCCCCUUUACCAAGUGACCCACGUAUCAGUAUUACUCCAUCAGGAGGCCUAUAUAUGCAGAAUGUCAACCAAGACGAUGGUGGAGAGUACACAUGUUUUGCAACAAAUAGCAUGGACACCAUUCACUCAACUGCUUACAUCAUAGUUCAAGCUGUCCCUCAGUUUACGGUUGUUCCUCAAGACCGUAAUGUGUUUGAAGGGCACACAGUUGAUUUCCAUUGUGAAGCACAAGGCAACCCACAACCUGUGAUUGCCUGGACUAAAGGAGGGAACCCGCUCUCUGUUGAUAGAAGACAUCAAGUUUUGUCAUCAGGGACACUGAGGAUAUUGCGUGUUGCUCUACAUGACCAGGGUCAAUAUGAAUGCCAAGCUGUAAACAUUGUGGGGUCCAAAAGUACUUCUGCACAACUUAUUGUUCAGGCUAGAGUGACCCCAGUAUUUGCUACUGUGCCGAACGACAUGACCAUAGAAGUUGGCAACGACGUUCAGAUUCCUUGUAGCUCUCAGGGGGACCCUCUGCCCGCGAUAACAUGGAACAAGGAUGGAAUACAAGUAACGGAAAGUGGGAAGUUUCACAUUAGCCCCGAUGGAUAUUUAGCUAUCCGUGAUGUUGGCAGGGCAGAUCAAGGACGAUAUGAAUGUAUUGCUCGGAAUAACAUUGGCUACUCUUCGGCCAGCAUGGUGCUAACAGUGUUGGUCCCCGAAGUCAGUCGCACUGGAGAUCCUUUUGUUGCCACCUCAAUUAUCGAAGCUAUUGAAACUAUUGAUCGAGCCAUAAACUCAACCCGGUCACACUUAUUUGACAGUCGCCCAAGGUCUCCAAAUGACUUGUUGGCCCUGUUCAGAUAUCCAAGAGAUCCGUAUACCGUGGAACAAGCUAGAGCUGGAGAGAUAUUUGAGAGGACACUGCAAAUUAUUCAGGAUCAUGUGCAGAGUGGCUUGAUGUUCGACUUAAAUGGAACAGGUUAUCAUUACAAUGAUUUGGUGUCUCCACCAUACCUGGAUCUGAUUGCAAAUCUUUCAGGAUGUAGAGCCCACAGAAGAAUCAAUAACUGCUCCAACAUGUGUUUCCACCAGAAGUAUAGAACCCACGAUGGUACCUGCAACAACCUGCAGCACCCAAUGUGGGGAGCAUCCUUGACAGCUUUUGAACGAUUGUUGAAGUCUGUAUAUGAUAAUGGAUUUAAUUUACCAAGAGGCAUUCGAUUUGAUAGGCUUUAUAAUGGGUUUCCACUUCCUUUGCCUCGUUCAGUGUCGACAACUAUGAUAGGAACUCAAACAAUAACCCCAGAUGAACAGUACACUCACAUGUUAAUGCAGUGGGGACAGUUUCUUGACCACGACCUUGACUCUACUGUAGUUGCCCUUAGUCAAGCAAGGUUUUCUGAUGGUCAGGAUUGUAGUUCUGUCUGUACAAACGACGCUCCCUGCUUUCCUGUUAUGGUUCCGCCGAAUGACCAUCGGGUGAGAAGCAAUGCCCGGUGUAUGUUUUUUGUGCGUUCGAGCCCUGUUUGUGGCAGCGGCAUGACCUCUCUUCUGAUGAACUCUGUGUACCCACGAGAGCAGAUGAACCAGUUGACUUCUUACAUUGAUGCUUCUAACGUGUAUGGAAGUUCAGAUCAUGAAUCUGAAGAAAUCAGAGACUCUGCAAGCCACAGAGGUCUCUUAAAACAAGGCAUUGUUCAAAGAUCUGGAAAACCCCUUCUACCGUUUGCAACAGGACCCCCCACAGAAUGUAUGAGAGAUGAAAAUGAAAGUCCUAUACCUUGCUUUUUGGCAGGUGACCAUCGUGCUAACGAGCAGCUAGGGCUGACCAGUAUGCACACUUUGUGGUUCAGAGAGCAUAAUCGAAUUGCUACAGAACUGCUGAAGCUCAACCCGCAUUGGGAUGGAGAUACAAUUUAUCAUGAAACACGCAAAAUAGUUGGAGCAGAAAUGCAACACCUAACUUACAGUCAUUGGUUGCCUAAAAUCUUGGGAGAUGUUGGAAUGAAAAUGCUUGGAGAAUACCAAGGUUAUGAUCCCAAUGUUAAUGCUGGCAUACUUAAUGAGUUUGCAACAGCUGCCUUUAGGUUUGGCCACACACUUAUCAAUCCUAUUCUUUAUCGCCUGAACGAGAACUUUGAACCUAUUCCACAAGGUCACUUACCUCUUCACAGGGCCUUCUUUUCUCCGUACAGAAUUGUAAAUGAAGGUGGCAUAGAUCCUAUCCUCAGAGGACUUAUUGGAGUUGCAGGAAAAAUGCGAGUGCCAUCCCAGUUAUUAAAUACAGAACUAACGGAAAAGCUUUUUUCAAUGGCUCACACUGUAGCUUUGGAUCUUGCAGCGAUUAAUAUCCAAAGAGGUCGUGACCAUGGAAUACCACCUUACCAUGAUUUUAGAGUCUUCUGCAACCUUUCAUCUGCAAAUGCGUUUGAAGACCUGAGCAAUGAAAUCAAGAAUCCCGACGUCCGGGAUAAAUUAAAAAGGUUGUAUGGGUCACCCCUAAAUAUAGAUUUAUUCCCUGCGCUCAUGGCAGAAGACGUCAUUCCAGGAAGUAGGUUGGGGCCAACACUCAUGUGCCUUCUGUCUACGCAAUUUAAAAAUAUAAGAAAUGGAGACAGGUUAUGGUUUGAGAAUCCUGGCGUGUUCACUCCUGCUCAGGUGACACAAAUCAAGCAGACGUCACUGGCAAGAGUACUCUGUGACAAUGGAGACAAUAUAACGGAGGUACAACCAGACGUAUUCAAAGUGGCAGAAUACCCCCAUGGGUUUGUCAGCUGUAAACAGAUACCCAAACUGGACCUCCGGUUGUGGCAGGAUUGCUGUGAAGAUUGCAGAACAAGAGGGCAGUUUAGUGCUUUCUCUAGUCAUUUCAGAGGGAAGCGCUCUCUAGAACACAGCUACAAAGGGGAAAAGCCCGUGGACAGCCAAGAAGCAGAAGAAGUAUCUAGCCCAUUGAAUCCUGUUUUGAAUACCUCUUUCAACACUGAGCAACCUAAAAAUGUUCCACUGGUGAAUGAUUUUAAAGAGUUUGUUACAGAUAUGCAGAAAACAAUUACAAGCCUCAGAAAACAGAUAAAAAAGCUUGAAUCGCGCUUGAGUAACACGGAUUGCACUGAUGAAACUGGAAAAUUAUACUCCACCAAUGCAAAGUGGAAGAAAGAUGCCUGUACAAAGUGUGAAUGCAAUAAUGGUCAUAUUACAUGCUUUGUAGACACGUGCCCACCAGUCUCAUGCUCAGCCCCGGUGAAAAAGGAAGGUGUUUGCUGUCCAAAGUGCACAAAUGAGGUGCAGAACACAUAACGCUCCAAAAUAAACUUCUAAUGGAUUUUGCAGAUGCUUUCAUUGCAGAUACGUUUGAGGAUGGUAUCAAGACUUCUCAACCCUAUUCAGUUAUUCACAACCAGACACGACUGUAGUGUUGUAAAAUUACCUUUUAUUUUUAUCAGAGUUUCACCAUAAACACAACACAAACUCUUUGAAAGGGAAAUAUGUAAACCAAUGACAGGAUAUUGAAAUUUAUGUCAGCCUUAUUUUACUGAUGUUAAUGCUUCUCAGGUUAGGAAAUCGUACUGGUGCUAAUAUUGCCAUUUUAUCCUAUUGUGCACGCUUACCACUACCCAAUCAGAUUAGACAUUGUAUUGAUUUGAACAUCUUCUAACGUAUAUGAAGUUUUAGAAGUAUUGUAGAGUGAUGGCAAUCAUUUAUUUAAGGGACUGAAGAAUUCAGUUUUGAAAAUAUACAUAAAAAAUAUUUCAAACAUUUUGUCAAUAUGUCAUGUAAUAACACUAUUUUUUACCUCUUUUUUUUUAAAUAAUGAAAAUGUCUUCUAUACUGUAACAAUAUCUGUAACACUCAAUUCCUUUCAUGUAAAGGAAAUACCAUUUUGACUAGACUACUUCCAUGUAAUGAGUUUCAUUUUUUUUCUUUGUUUAUUUUAGAUUUCCUGCAUAUUGUAUACGUUUUCAUCAAUACCAGAUUGUAUUUCUAGAAAAAGUAUAUUUUAAUCAAACCAGUUGUGUAUUUUACAGUAAACACUUUGCAUUUUUUUUUAAGUACGUAAACAUUAUAAAUACGAUGCAUUUCAUUUGAUAAUAUUUGCGUUUAUUAUUCGCAUAUGGACUUAAUUUUGGAUUACAGUCUUCAUCUGCUUGCAGCUGUCCUGCUGUUUAGGAUUGUUUCCUCAUUACCGGUGCAAGCUUUGGUUUUAACAUUUCAUGAAGGACAACAAUCAUACCUCAUUAAGCAUUAACUUUAUGGUGCUCAUUGUGGGACAUUUAAGACAAGUAAUCUAUCAAACUGUUUCACUACACAGGGUCUGUUGCACAUUAACAGUAAUCCAUUGGUUCAUUGGUCAUUACGACAAACCCUAUUGUAUUGGUUUAUGGAGUAUAUCAUUUCAGUACACUUUUACCAAAGUAACAUGCAGUUGCUCCUAGCUUUAACAGUUGUCUUUCUAAAGGAAAUGUUCAUGGAAUGUGCUGUGCCAAAUACUAAUUCCCAGCAAGCAUUGCUUGCUCACAUGAGGCUACCAGUCCAGCUAAUUGGCCUCUUGUAUGAUGGGUACAAAACCACAUUUGUUAACACAUAUUACUUUCUAACCAAGAGUAGCACUUGUUAAAAUUAAUUGUAUAUAAAGAACAUAGGUGUUAAACAAAAAUCUCUCCAGGGUGUUAAUGCAUUGUGACUGCCUCAUACUCAGCAUACCCCAAGUGGUCAUAUCUGGAACUGCAGGUUAAAAAAGUAAAACAACACUUGAUGACCCAAUCUUUUCAGGACAGAGCAGUUGAUGGUAGAUCUAAGUGUGUGUGUGUGGGGGGUAGUCCAUCUUCUUCUAGCCACGUCUGAGUUUAUUUUUGGGAGCUGCCACAGAAACAGCUGAAAAGACAGCUUUCUGGAGAACUCCAGAAAAAAAAAAUUCGUCCAGCUGUAGUUGAAGGUUAAUUGCUUGUUAACCUCUUGUAUAAUAUAUGUGAAAUGCCUGUAUGGAAGGUGGGAAUACAUUGCUUACUGAGCAUAUCAUGUGAAUGGUAAUCAAGUAAAUGGUUACCAAGUAAAUGGAUCACCACAGAAUAUUUUCAGAUGUUCAGGUUGCAUAAACCUGCCGUUUUACCUGUAUGUCCUCAUGCUCUGGGAUUCUGUUUACUGUAAUUUGCUAUUGUGUCAAUGCCAGUUCAUCAGAGAGACAGUAUUGUUAAUGCAGUUGAAACAUACAUUUUAUUAGGCUUAAGUCAUUUUUUUCAUUAUGGGUAUUACCACUGAAAAUAAAGGCUUAAUUCAACUAAUCACUGCCAUACAAGAUACAUGUAGUAACAAGUCUUCAAAAUUUCAGACACAACGUUCAAUGCCAUAAGAAUCGUGUGGCAAGCAUUAAUGAUUUCAUAAACUGUGGGAAUACUUUCAAAGCGACUAAUAUUCUUUGCUUUGUGGCUGUUACUACAAAAUGUUGCAUAUUUAUUGACAGGUCUUACCAAAAAUUUCAGUACCUUGGUUUUUGUUUUAUAUUUUUUUUUAUUGUUAGCCAUGAUUUUUACCAAAGAAAACUGUUUGCACUGUGUAAUGAAUGCUUCUUGAAUAAAUAGGCCAUAUUUCCAAAA